AUGCCUCGCGAACACCGCAAACGCGGAAAGCGAAAAAGGAAUGACAUCGUCCACGAAAACAACCAGGAAGAAGCUCUAGAUGAGCAGGAAAAGACAAAGGAUGACUUACCUUCAUGGAUUGAAGCGGCCACCCCCGAAGAUUCGCCCAAUAUCGACGCGCCAUUUGGAUUUUGCGAUCCAGAUGUCAAGGCAUACUUUAGGACUGUGGAUAAGCAAUUGAAGGAAUGGCAAGAACUAGGCAUGGAAAAUAAAAACGAGGAAAUUGACGAUCCAAACCUUGGUCAGGACGUUUUCUUUCCUAUGAUCUACCUUGAUUCCAAUUCAAUUGCAGAAAGGAGAAUGUUUUUCGCUGCUGCUCUCACCGAAAUGCAAGGAAAAGAACUUCAGCUCGCUACAGACCCAGAUACAGCAGUCAUCCUUGAGCGUAUGAUUCAUUCCAUGGACGACCUAGCACGCCGUAUUUUCACUAGUACUUUGACUGGAUCAAUUAUUGGAGUGGCCAAGCAUCGGUUUGGAUCCCAUGUUCUCGAGACCCUUUUCGAGGCUGCAUCUUUGACAAUUGACCGUGAAUGCCGGAACAUCUUCCCAGCUGCACAGUCCCUUCCCCAAUUCGCCGAUCAGGCGACUAUGGGAGACUUAAUAUCGCAAAUAUGCCGGGAAGUCACCGACUCGGCCCCGUCACUUCUCAAUGAGCCGUUUGGCUCCCAUGUCCUCCAACGUCUCGUCAUUCUGCUUGUACCGUCUCUCUCUCAUCUACAAUCCAAGCAGGAUCUACGCUCCAAGCGGUCUGCUGGCUAUAGAGCAAAGGUCGGACCAAUGAAAUCCAUCUUUGACGAGGAACCCGCAGAGGAUAAACGACAUGUACCCCUGGAAUAUGAGAGCAUGGCUUUGGGCAUCCUCAAGAGAAUUAGGGACAAAAUGAGUGCGAAUGAAGUACGUGCGCUCGCGGCCGACAAAGUUGGCUGCCCAUCAUUACGGAUCCUCAUCUCGCUCGAAUCAGCUUCAAAUCUGUCAAACCAGUCCAAUUCGCUCAUGGACAGCGUGCUUAUGGGCAUGAUUGAUUCAUACGAGACAUCCAAUGACGCUACAAUUGCUGAAUCAGACUAUAUUGGUACCCUCCUCCGGGACGCAACGGCAUCACACCUGUUCCAAACAGUCAUCCAGCUCGCUCCUGAACCCAUAUUCGGACUAUUAUGGUCUAUCUACUUUGUGGGCAAGUUGAAUCGACUCGCUGUUCAUCCAGUAGCGAAUUUUGUGGUGGCCACGGCGUUUGGGAGGCUCGACGACGAGCAACUCCGAAAUGCCAUUGUAGAGAUGAAAGGUGUAGUAGCAAAAUGCUUUAAGCAACAGCGACUCGGUCCGGUCACCGCGUUGAUUCAACAGUCUGCAGCGCUGAACAUUGGACCCGAGGAGAUUGUCGACGUCAUUUGCAACGCACUCGAAGUUGAGGCGGACGGCAAAGGUCUCAUACUGCAGAUCCUUGGAGCAAAUUUCGAGACCAAUCCACAAAACGAAAGUCGGGCCGAUACCGUUUCUGUGCAAGGCGUUUUGCUCCUUCAAGCAAUCCUGCGCCUCCCAAGUCCGCACAACGAGAUCAUCAUACUAAUGCCGUCGGACAUUGCCAGUUUCGAGGACCUCCCGGCAGACACCAAGCUCGCUCUCUCACACAAUGCCACGAGCUCGCGCGUCGUAGACGCGAUGAUCGAAUCACCUACACUCUCUCGUAAAUCGAAGCGCGCUGUCGUGUUGGCGUACAUCGGAAACUAUGAGAGGCUCGUCGAUGAUCGAAUCGGAAGUCGCGUCGGGGACCGAUUCUGGGCGUAUGCGGAUCCGUAUCUCAAGGAAAAGAUUGCACGGAGUUUGAUCCCACAUCAACAGACGCUCAGCGCAUCGUACUACGGAAAGUUUUUCGCGCGCAAGCUCCAACUUACACUUCUCCAACGUAAACCGGAAGAAUGGAAGGCAAUGCAGUCGAGAGAAACCGUGGGGGCGCAGGUCGUCGAUUCCAAUUCGCAAGUACAAAAGCAGCACAACGUCCCAGUCGAAACCAAACCGAACAAAGACAGUACGGGAACAAGCAAAGGGGUGCAUACGGCGGGAGUAGAAGGACAAGAGAUGGAAGGUGACGAGGGAGGGAAAGAGAAGAAGAGACAACGCAAGAGGAAACGAGAGGAGGAGGGCGACGAGAUUGAUGCCCUAUUUGCUGGCGUAAAGGAGAACCGUUUCGGCAAAGUCUCUGCCCAAUCAUCUGCGACUCCUAUUGGGGCCAGCAAGACGACAGUGGCGGAAGAAAAACCAAAGCCCAAGGAUCUUGAGAGCGUCUUGAACGCCAUCAAGGCUGCACCAAAGAACGAGACGACUAAACGGCGAAAAGGGUGA